AUGAGGAUAACCUGCGUGCUCUUUGGCCUGUCGUUGCUGGUGGCGUUCGCCGCUUCCAGUCCGAUCGUUAAGAGGGAAACGGAAUCGGAGGAUCUCAGCCCCCUAAACGAGGUGUACAUCGUGGAAGCGGAAAACGAUCAGGCGGUGGACGACGACAGGACCGACAGAGACAAGAGGAAGAUCGGUAUCGUAAAACUGGGCGUCUCCAAUGGGCUCCUCAAUUUCGUCUUUGGCAAGCUGGAUUCCUUCAUCGACUCUAAGACGAAAGCCCUGUCCGCGCUGGACGAGUCGAACAAAGUGAAGAACGCAGCGUUCGGUAUCGACGCGAAACAUUCGGCCACCACCAAGUUCAUCAGCGAUUUAGUCUCCGCGAAAAUUCAGGCAGCUACUGGAAGUAUCGGCCCGGUGAUAAACAGCGCGACCACGUUCCUGUCCAGCGCCAAGAGCGGAUUGGCUGGAGCGUUCGCCUCGAAACUGGCGCCACUUAGCUCCCUCGCCACUGGUCUCUCCGCUGCGAAAACCGACGGAGGAGUUUCAGGUGACCAUGCCGGAGGGGGCAGCACCGCUGGGAUCAUAGGGAACAUUAUCAGCUCGAAACUCAGCAGCCUUUCCUCGUUGAGCCAAACCCAUGGCCCAGCAUCCGCAUCAGCGGACGCUUCAAUUUCCAGCGGUGGAGCGAACCUUGGAGUGUUUGGGAAUUUAGGCGGAGGGGAAACGGUCACGACCACCACGGAGGAUAUCCCCGAGUUCGAUAGGAACCGAGUGUCCUUGGACGUACCGUCGGCUGCGUUCGGCAGCGGUUUCACCCUAGUCACCAAUAUCAGCAAAAUCCUCAGUAGCGUGAUACUUAAUUCAGCCCGCCGAACACAGACAGUCUUAGAGGUUUUCAAGCCGUUCUUCCGCGGUACGUUCGCCAUCAAGGGUCUACCAUCCGACAAUCCGAACUAG